AUGCCACGUUUGACAGCCAUCGAGAGAGAGAGCCGUUGGAAUGGGUCCGUGUGUCCCUCAGAACAAGGUCUGUAUACUCGAGGAGAUGGAAUAAACGUACUGACAACAAACAAUUUCGCGGAUGUUGUUUUCAAGAAAGGAAGAAAUUCAACUUGGUUGAUACAGUUUUACAAUUCUUGGUGUGGCCAUUGUAGGAGAUAUGCUCCAAAAUAUAAGAAAUUGGCCAAAGACAUAGAAGGAUGGUCGAAAGUCAUGUCUCUAGGAGUAGUAGAUUGUUCAGAUAAUGUAAAUACUGAAUUAUGUAGAAAAUAUGAUAUAGCUGCCUACCCCACCAUAAAGAAUAAAACAGUGAGAUCUGAUUCUCCUAUAAUUCAUUAUAUCUUACUGUGUAAGUUUUUCCCACUGAAUGUUUCACCGAAUAAAACCAAAAUGGAGACUGUUCCAGCCCUAGAUCCCAACGAACUGAGACUUACCUUGUCUCAAAUAGUCAACAAUUUACACUUGAAGAAAAGGCAUAAAUCCUGGCCCAAACUUAAACCAUUAAGGUCUAUAGAAGAGAUAUGGGAGGAAGCUAAGUCAGAACAUAAACAUGUUAUAUUGAUAUUCGAAGAGCAGAAUUCUUUACUGGGUGUUCAGUUGAUAUUGGACUAUAUGACAGAAAAGAAAGUAUUGUUAAGGAGAUUACUGAAAGAAACUGUAGUAAAAUAUGGUAUAAAUAAAAUACCAUCAUUAUAUGUAGUCAAUACUGAUGGUACAUACAAUCAUAUAGCAAGUGGUAUUGGAGUUGAUGUUGAUACAGAUACAGAUAGAACAACGUUUAGAGAGGCUAUUAACAACCUCAUGAAAAAUAAUUUUAAAACCAAAGAAGAGAAUAAAGUAGUUAUUAAUAAAGAUGGAAAAGUUGAGAUUCCAGAAAGCAUAAUGGGGGCAGGAGAUGGUCCUAAAGAUGAUGAUGUGAAAAUUAAAGAAAUAGAAAAACCACAAGUAUAUCUACAAGAUUUAGAAUCAGCGUUACAUUAUUCGUUCCGUCAGGAGAUCGCUAUCUGUAAGGAAAUUAGUGGUGAUAAAUUAGCUGCUCUUCAAAACUUUGUAUCUGUACUAUCAAAGUAUUUACCAGGCAGAGAUGAAAUAAAAAGAUUUUUACAGCAAGUCAGUGAUUGGUUAACAACAGUUACUACAGUUAUAUCUGGAGGGGAAUGGGUCCACGGCAUAGAUAAUUUACAGGAUGAAAUGGCCUAUCUACCUGAGACAACAGAGUGGAGAGGGUGUAAAGGGAGUGAACCCCAUUAUAGAGGCUACCCGUGUAGUAUGUGGACAUUAUUUCAUACCCUGACAGUCAAUGCCUAUUUAUCAGAUAAAGUUGUAGAUAAUCAAGAAGUAUUAAAAGCUAUUAAAGGUUAUAUGGAAUAUUUUUUUGGUUGUGCCGAAUGUUCCACUAAUUUCUUACAAAUGGCUAAGACUAUAGAAAGUGAGAUAAAUAACAAGAAGGAUAUGGUUUUAUGGCUAUGGAGUGCUCAUAAUAAAGCGAAUAUAAGACUUCACGGAGAUCUUUCCGAGGAUCCACAAUAUCCUAAAAUACAGUUCCCGUCUCCAGAUGCUUGCCCAAAAUGUUUUGAGUUGGGAAGUAAGCCGUGGAGUCCAAAAUACCGAAAUACUGAAGUAUUGAAUUUUAUAGUUGAAAUGUACAGUGGUGAAAACCUAGUUAAAACAUUCCUGAAGGAGGAUAAAGAAAAAACAUUACUUCGAUCUAAAUCCAAGACGGACCAUCGACAACUAGAUUGGUGGGAGAAAAAACAGCGGCAACAAGACUUAAAACAAUUACAAAAUAUACAUAAACAAAAACACGAUAGAAUCAUUGCUAAAGCUGUCGAUGAAUAUAGAACUAAGAAUUAUGUUCGGAGACAAAAGAUAGAGCGGCACCCCCACGGAAUGCCUGGUAGAACCUCCUGGGGGUUAAGUACUGUUGAUUUAGGGAUGUGUUUUGCAUUCUAUGUUAUUUGUGCCGUCAUUGUCUUAAUGCUUUAUUAUCAUUUUACAAUCAGAACUAAACGUAAAACCGUGUGUAAAUUUUUACCCGUAUGACUAGCUGGAGUCAUUAUUGUGAUAUUUUUGAUUUUAAUUCUGUUUUAUUUUAAACACUAUUGUUAUAUUAUUAAGAAAUUGUUGUGAUUUUAGUCACCCUGUUGAAUGAAAGGGGAAAUGGGUUAGUCCAAAUUGUAGCUCGUUAAAUAAAAAUGAAUCUACCAAAGAAAAAUUAUUUGAUCCUUGUUUUAUUUUUUUUUUUGUGAUUUACUUCACAUGACAUCCUUGAUCUGACAAAAUUCUUCUUUAGGUUGAGUUCAGUCAAAAUUUUAACCUUUAUUUAGAAAGGGGUAAUGGUUUAAAAUAGU